UAUCCAGUCACAGAGUCACACUCGUCGGGCUGUGUUUCCGAAAUGCUCUCCCUGGCGAAAAGACUGAAGACGUUUCCUUGGUGCGUGGAGGCCGCCGGGAACCAGCUCCGGCGAGUGAGAACGGAGGCACGGUCGCCGAGGCGUCGGUCGAGGUCUCCGGCGCUGGCGAUGAGGAAGGCGGAGGAGAAGUCGGAGUGGUGGAUAGUCGACGGCGAAAUGCACGAAAUCGGCGACCACGUGCCGCCGCGUGAGCGGUUCGUGAUUCCGAGAGAUAACAUCCCCAACAAGCGUAGGAAGCAGCUCAGGGAACAGUUCAUGCGCCGCACUCGCCUCGUUCUCAAAGAAACGGAGCAUGAGCCUUGGUGCAAAAAGUAUAUGGAGCUGUACCAGGAGCUUAGAGAGAAUUGGGAAAGGCUGUACUGGGACGAAGGUUACUCCAAAAAGCUUGCCCAGGAUCAUGCGAAUUACGAGUCAGCUGAAGAUAAUGAUCAGGAUUUCAAUCCAUACCGGAGCAGGCAAUCCCAUUCCGAGCAAUUUAAGGACCAUGGAUUUGGGAGUAGGCAAGGUGAUACAUGGGAAAAGGUUAACCAAAUUAGGGAUAAAUUUGAGUAUGACAGAGAAAGGAGGAUGAAAGAAAAAGCAUUUGCACCUAUGCGUGGAGAAGUUUCUUCUAACGUCCAUGAUACGAACUCCAGAAGACAGCCAUUUGACAGCCAGAGAUACUUUUCUGACAGUGAAAGAGAGUGAAGAAUUGGUGCUAAUCAUCUAUUGGGUAUCACUAAAAAGCAGAACUUGUUUUCUAUCUUUGAAAAAAGUAUGAGUAGAAUUACCAAGGUAAACUGAUCCUUGUAGAAUUUAAGAUUGAUUUUCAAAGUUUCACAAAGCUCUAGUUCUCUCCAAGUCUCCCUUCAUAUGGUAAAAUUCUCCACACAUGUAAAUAUGUAGUGCAUCUUUUCAAAAAAAAAAAAUUUGUAGUGCAUGUGGUGAUGGAAGUUGGUGAGAGAAGGUGUUUACAUGAACA